CCAUCCAUUCAUUUCCUCCUGAGAAACACACGGCGGAGGAGGGAAGAAAGAGAGAAAGAGAGAGAGAGAGAAGGGGGUCACAUCAGAAAGUGCGACAGAGGAAGACAAGACAGAAAAGAGGGAGACAGAGGGACGCUAUAAGGAUAGUGGUUCUCGCUGUCAAUUACUGAGGUUAAUAAGCAAGGAACAGUGCUAUCAGGAUGUUGAUGCUGGAUGGGAUGCCAGCCCUGCCAGUCAAAAUCGAUCCUGCACAGUCACAGAGACGGUCUCCUGUGAUCCAUGACUACACAGAGAUGGGCGUUCUGGUGUUGAACCACAGAUUUCGGACACCAACAGAUGAUAGACAAUUCCUGUCCGACCCCUUCCAGACGCAAACAGAACCCGUGGACCUAUCCACCAACAGAGCCAGAACCUCCCCGUCACUUUCAGCAUCCUCAUCUUUAUCCUCGUCUCCCUCGUCAUCCUCAUCAUCAAUACGAUUUUGUCCAUGCUCCCCUCCUUCCAGCAAGUCACCAUCAUCAUUAUCUAUGCUUUCAUCCUCCUCCACUUCAGUUAUAACCCCUGUUCCUCGUUUGAAGAUGUCUCCAGUGGUGGCCUCUCCCCCGUCCAGGAGUCUCAGGGGGCAUUCGUUUUUGCACAUACCCCAGCUGAUGCCUCCUUGCUCCAGCCCGGUCCACCUCCACCCACGCCGGGUGCCGGUGGUGGUGCAGCCCAUGCCGCUGGUCUACCCUGGAGUGGGAUCGCUGGGGAACAGCAGGCUCAUGAUGCCGCUGCUGGAGGAAAACAGGAUGCACAGGAAAGUCACACACCGAAUGGCAGAUGGACUGUCGCCUCGGCGAUCUUUGAGUGACAGCGAGGAUGAUGACCUGCCCAACGUGACCUUGGAGAGUGUGAAUGAAACGGGCUCCACUGCCCUGACUAUCGCCCGCGCCGUGCAAGAUUCCCUGUUGCCGUUCAGCAUCGAGAGCCUGCGGAGGCCCAGGCCUUCAGAGUCUCCUGACUCAAAGAGGAGACGCAUUCACAGGUGUGAGUUUGAGGGCUGCAAUAAGGUUUACACCAAGAGCUCUCAUCUUAAAGCCCACAGACGCACACACACAGGUGAGAAGCCAUACAAGUGUACGUGGGAUAACUGCACAUGGAAGUUCGCUCGCUCUGACGAGCUGACACGACAUUACCGCAAACACACCGGCGUCAAACCGUUCAAAUGCAGCGACUGUGACCGCAGCUUCUCCCGCUCGGACCACCUCGCCCUCCACCGUCGCAGACAUGCCCCACAAACAUGCAUAGUGUGAAAAAGACAUUUGAUAGACUAUAAGCAGACAGAGCAGGUCUCUAUCUGCCAGUGUCGCAUGCAGAAGGUCUGGAAUUACUCCUCGCACAACAAAGAGGUGAAAGACAUGGGGAUUUGACAGGAAUGAGAGUCCAUGUUGAAGAUGAGGUCCAUGUAUUAUGAGAUUCAUCUACAUUUAUCUACAUUUCCGUCGUAUGGUUUGUCUUCUGCACUUUUAUGUGAGGCUUAUUCAUAAAGGUGGAAGCCACAGAGUACUAACUAUUGAAAAGCCAUGUGCUGUUAAAGGUGCUGUAUACGAUUUUUACACAUAAAUACUAUAGAAUCAGCAAGCAACUAUUUGCUAUGUAAUGAUAUUAUAGUGUAGGAACAACAUCCUAAGCAGAGAGUAAAGUCAGAACCCAUCUGUUUGUGUAAUUCGAGCCUUUCUGUUACUGUUAGCCCUCCUUGCAUUUAUAAUAAGAUAGUAUGGAGCAUUCCCACAUGCCAUGUUUCUAUAUUAGCUAGUCACUUGACAUUGUUUACAAAGGCCAAAGGUAUCUCAGUUAUCUCUCAUUAUAUAUGAAGAGAUGCCAUGUAUUUAUGUUCAGUUAUUUCACUUUAAUGGCAAUGAAAAGAACCUAUUCAUUGCCAUUAAAGUGAAAUUACUAAACCUACACAUGAGAGCCUGAGAAAAAUACUCAUUUUAUAAGAACAUUUCAGAUGGCACUUAGAGGCUUUAAAGGUGGGGUAAGUGAUUUCUGGUAGCCAAUGUUGACAUUUGAAAUGACCAAAAC